AUGCAUUCUCUAAAUUGACAAGUAAAAUCCGAUAUUUGCCUUCACUAUGAGUUUUUUACCUAUUCUACUCACUUCUUGCAUAUCCGCAAUUCUAAGAAAGUCUUUCAUAGUAAACUCAAUGUUCAUGGAAACUCACGACGCAGAUUUCGCAGAAUAUCCAAGUAUCGUCUUCUUCAAGAGGGAGUUACAUCUAGAAGUAUCCUGUCUGGGAUCAUUGUGCCGUUGUGUCAAUUUCACAGGAUACAUUCUCAGUGGUACCUUGUCAAGGACGAAUCCAAAUUGCAUUGAUAGCUGUGAAUAUCGAAGAGUAGGGGAAAUACACGUUCACGGAGGAUUCUAUAAAGGGUCAUCAAACAGCAGUGACGACAUUGCUUUGGUAAAGCUAAUGGAACGAUUCUCAGGAGCAACAGGAAGCGAGUCAUCACCUUUAGCGUACGAAAGACCAUAUAAUUGGGAUUUCGCGAUUAGUUUUGGUUUUUUGAACGAUAGAAAUAAACUGGUUGAUACCCUUCAGGUCGGAAUCGUUAAGGUGUUGCCCUUCGUAUUUUGCGCUGAUACUCGCACGACAAAUCACGAGAAGUUGAUCUGCUUGUCUUCUAGAUUCACAAUAGGAGGCGGACCAAUAAUCUAUGAAGGAUUAAUUGUAGGGUUGGCCUCCUUUUCAGUUGAAAAUGAAAAGUAUGGGUUGAUUGCUACUGAUAUUCUGCACCAUAGUUCCUUCAUUGAUGAUUAUGUGAAAGUAGAAAAUACUAAACGAAUGGCACUGAGCGGUGGAAGAAUUUUGGGUAUUCAGAAAAAGCACUGUUGGAUCAAGAUCACAAUAUUUUUAAUUCUGUCCAUAUUGUAAAAGCGAUACUUAUGUAUAAUA